CUGCUAACUUCAUUGGCUUUGUUCAACCAGAAAAGGGCUUAGUGUGUUGGUAUAAAUGCUCAGGAAUCCGAGGUAGAGAAUAACGAGGCUUGAAAUCAACUCUACCUGAAAGUCGAAUCAUCGAGUUCAAAGAACAAGAAAAACAGCAGUGAACGUCACUCAGACACUGGGAAAACUUCACUUCUGAGAAUAUGAAUGUUGGAGCUAAUCUUUUUAGGAAUUGCUGACAAAAAUACAAAACAUUAACGGACGUCUUGUGCACUUAGGUGUGUAUAUUCCUAGAAACCGAAGUAUUUGAAUUACAAUGUGGAAAACGUGAACAAUCCCAAACGGCUAAUUGAAUUCAGUGUCACCAUCCACACUUAGCUAUUUCUUCAGACUUCAAUUUCCAGUGUUAUCCUGUGGAAGCGAGAAAGCAUCAGUUGAAUCGUUGAGAUUGCCUUGUCCGGAGGAAGAUUGUUGUGUGACUAACAAGGUCAAUUCUCUUAUCAUCGCUCAAAUAUAGACUUCGUUGCACGAACAGCUAGUGGAUAUUGAUUGUGUAAAGUACCAGAUUUAAAAAUCUGACUUGAUCUCCGUUGCCACCAAGGACCUUGUAACAGGUGCUGUAUCCCUUUCUUUUCCUUGAAAGAACAUUUAGGACAUCUAUGCGACAGCUUUUCAUUGUGACAUCUUCAUUGAUAGAUACCCUUCACAGUGGAACAUAUUACCGCAGUUAUUGUGUUCAAAAGGAUUCUGGUUCGCUAAACAUACCCACCAAAAUGACGUCCAGUUCAGAGACUAACCAUUCGAGUUCCUCAGAUGAAUCGCUUGACAAUCUUCAUAAAGCUCCAGGUGUUAGAUGUGUCUACACUCUAUAUACAUCUUCCUGUGACGACAGCGGUGGAUCACCAGCUGAAACAUUCGAAUAUACAGUAAAUGAUCCUGAAAAUGAUGUAGCAAACAACUGUGGUGAAGACACGUUACCGACGGAGACGAACAGCUCGGAUUCUAAAGCAGAUGCUGACACUGAAAAACAAGCAACGUCACCCCACGUGUGUCAUCAGAAAGAAUUGCUGGAGCAGAUCAAGAUGCAAAUGCAAGGGCAAAUCGAUGAACUGAAAGACACGCUGCUGAAGGAGAUAAGGGAGAUCAAAGACACACAGAGGGAGAUUCAACGAGAUUUGGUGAGACUGAAAGGUAGCGGUAUUGAUGGUGAUGACAGUAUACAGGCGCUGCAGUAUGAGCCGUACCAUAGACGUGCCCAGUAUACAGUUCGCCCUCUGAGUACGACUGGCACACAAACCGCCUUGUCUGUGGAAACUCAAACGCCAGAUUCGUGGGAAGUGGAACCAGAUGCUGACAUUGAGAUCACCAGUCUUUAACUGACACCGCGAGGAGUGAAUGAAUGAGUUUACUUUUACGCCGCUUCUAGCAAUAUACCAGCAAUAUUACGGCGGGGGACACCAGAAAUGGGCUUCACACAUUCUACUCAUGUGGGGAAUUGAACCCCUGUGUUCGGCGUGACGAGCAAACGCUUUGACCACACGGCCACCACACCGGGAGGACGUUAGAGAUAUGCUUGUAUUCCACACCGACUGUAGAGCAUAUCUGAUUCUGACAGAAAGAAUGUCUCUGACUUAAACCGAAGAUUAUGGAUCUUUUGUCGAUUAUCGCCCUAAUAACUAAAACUUUCCCAAAUAUCUUUGUUUUUCAGUAAUUCAUAAAGGUAGGAGGGUAACGAUUCUUUUGGCGUCUAGUGUAUGAUUCUGAUCAGAAGAGUGUCUCUGAUGAACACUGAAAGCUUAGUUACCGCUACACAGCGUAUGAACAUUCAACGACAUAUCUUUUGUCAGUCGUCUCUCUCAUUAAGGACGUGUAGAGGUUAACUAUGGUGUCACACAUGCUAACAAUGCAUGCAAGAGUCUUUCAAGUCAGUCAGCAUACAGUGCAUGAUUUUAUUAGCACAACACUGUGAGUAGGAAAUGCUUCAUUCAGAUAUUGUUGCCCAAUCAUCAACACAAGACGAGUUAUGUACCUUAGAAGGCCUGCAUCCAGAAACCAGCGAGGAACAAUGAGAGUUCAGUGUUUAUUUUAUUUUCAUAACUGUUAGUUGUAUACACGGGUGACUCAGGAAGGUAGAUUGUACAAACACGUGAGUAAUGACGAUACUAUUGACCAUAUCGUGUCAGUGAUAAUGAUCAACAAACUGAUGUCAUUAUGCAUACUGUGAUUACACAAUCGUGUAUUUAUCAGUUACCUGCAGUUACACCGUUUCAAUUUAAUGAGUGCCAUAACGAUAACGCACAAGUGAACUCCACUCUACAGUGAGUGAGUGAGUGAGUAUGGUUUGACACUGAUUUAGCAAUAUUCCAGCAGUAUCACCGCGGGGAAAACCAGAAAUGGACUUCACUUGCCCCUUUUCUAAUCCGUUCCUUCGGCGUGACUAGCGAACGUUUUAACCACCGCAUUGCCCAACACUCAGUUAUGAGCGAGUGAGUUUAGUUAAAAGCUGAUUUUAGCAAUAUUCCAGCAGUAUCACCGCGUGAAAAACCAUACAUGGACUUUCUGUAAUUGCAUCCAUGUGGGAAAUCGAACCCGGGUCUUCGGCGUGACGAGCGAACGCUUUAACCACUAGGCUACCCCACAGCCCAACACUCAGUUAAGAUGAAGAAGAGGUUGUUGUGCGCUGUUUCAGCAGGACUUGUGAUGUCAGUGCAUGUGCUGUGCUCAUUCAGAUUUACAUAUUUGUGGUACGUACACUGUGCGGUUAUCAGUGAAAGGCGAUGCUAUUGACAGGAACUUAUGAUUGUCCGAAUCGUUGAUUAUUGUGUUUCUAGGUGUGUCAGCACUAAGGGUUUCACUAAACUGCGAAUUUCUAAGCGUACAUCUUGAUCGGAUUGGUCACUUAACAAAUUCAGCCAAUCAGUAUGAAUGAUAAACACUGAACACAAAAAUUUAAUCUUUAAUCAUUGGUGAGAGAUGAGGAGGUGAGGUGAGGUGAGGUGAGGUGAGGUGAGGGGAGGUGAGGUGAUCAUGAGGUGCCAUUGUUGGUCAGUUGAAAUACCAUUAAUAUAGAUAGCCCCCUUAGUUACACAACACUGGUCCAUGUCUUAUACACGUAACGCCGUACCGCCAGGCAGGGUAACAAAAAGUUCCAUGUUUAAAGUGAUGUUACCAGGGAACCAAACCACUGACCCUGUACACACACACACACACACACACACUCUCUCUCUCAAUUGCACUUACUCAGGCUUAGUCUGAUAGAACUAUGAUAGAAACAAAUAACACAUAUAUGAUAUAAUUAUAUGGAAAAGGAAUCCCAGUGAGAUGGGAGACUGCCUGAACCUGAAUAAAAAUUAUAUUUAAUCUA